AUGCACCACGCUUCCUCUGCCAAAGGAGGACAGGAGCUGCUCCCAGAAGUGGUCCUCCACGGCAGAAGAAACCACACUACUCCUACAAUCUCCAUGCGUGUCACCAAUUCCACAGAGCACGCCAUCAACUGCAAACCUAUGACACAGGAAGGGGUUUCCACUGGCUCUGUCCUCUUUAAACACUUAGUCCUGGACAAAGAACUGAAAAAGCAGCUCUUACAGACGCAUUUUAUAACCAAGGAGACUGUUCGGUUUCACUAUCAAUCUCUCCUGAAGCUUCAUUUUUCCCGCAAGAGCAACACUGCUCAACCGAAGCUGCAGUUAGCAGGGCGGCGGCGGCAGCAGCAGCAGCAGCAGCAGCGUCCGCAACUCGCCAGCGCUCCCGGAGCUCCGGGAUGCCCUUGGAAGGCGAAGCCCGCGGGGAAGCGGCUCCCAAGCGACUCGGGUGCAAUGGGGGUCACGGGAGCGCCGGCCGGAGGCGGGGUGGGGGGCGAGCGUGGCCGCGACGUCCAGUCCGAGGAGGAAGACCGGCAGCGACGGGGGCGACGGCUCGGGCGAGAGCGAUCGCCGGGCAGCUGGGGCCCGGCCGCCGGGCCGGGGAGGACGCGGGGGGACGCACGCCCCCGCACGAGCCCCCCGGCCGGGGGGGCGCGCCGCACCGAAGGGCUCCGAGCUCCGCCCCCCACCCCCCACCCCGGGUCCCCGGCGCCCGCCUCCCUCCCGGCCCGGGCGCCCGCGGGCUGUGUGCGCGUGUGCGUGGGACCCCCGGCGGCUCACGCCCGGUCCUCCGACCUGGCGCGCGACCCCCCCCAACCCCAGCCCCAGCCCCCGAGCGCCCCUCCGGCACUCACCCCACUCCUCCGCGCCUCAGACCGCACCCCUAGCGAGGCCGCUGCAGCUCCGGCUCAGGGGCCCAUUGCUCCACAGGCAGAGGCGGCCCGACCUGGAGGUGGCGAGGCGCCGCGGAGGGCCAGCGGGGCCGACGCACAGCAGCUCCCUCCGCCGCGGCUUUUCCGGCAUUCUAUCAGUGUUAAACUUCCACUUCAUAUGAUGUCAAGAAAUAAUUUGGAGGCAUCUACUUGUAAAAUGACAGAACCAUUUAAUUUUGAAAAAAAUGAAAGCAAGCUUCCGCCACAUGAGUCUUUAAGAAGUCCUGGAGGACAUGCUAACCAUCCCAAUUUCAGGUUGAAGAGCCCAGAGAAUGGAAAUAAAAAGAACAAUUUUUUGCUUUGUGAGCAAACCAAACAGUAUUUGGCUAGUCAGGAAGACAGUUUGGUAUCCUCAAACCCUAAUGGCCUCAGUGGGGAAGCGGUUGGAGCAAAAGGAGAUAGGAAGAACUUGCCGACAGGAAACUCCUUGUCACCAUUAAAUGCUGGAAGCAGUUCACCACCCAAAGAAGUAAAUAGUAAACCUGGAAAUAAUGUGUCUCCGGCAAAGUCAAAAAAAAUACAUGAGUUGGUUGAGAAUUCAUUGUCCAUAAACAACCCAGCGCUGUUCAACUCCUUAGCAUCGCCUUUUCGGUCAACAACUUGCCAUCGCUGUGGGCUGUUUGGCUCACUGAGGUGCUCCCAGUGCAAGCAAACAUACUACUGCUCCACCACCUGCCAGAGGAGGGACUGGUCCGAGCACAGCAUCGUGUGUAAGCCCGUGCAACAAAAUUCCCCAAAACUUGAAGAAACUAAGUCAUCUCUUGAAGCAAAGAACACAGAAGUAAAAAAAGAGAGUGAUUAUCCUCUUGGAGUUACUAAAGAAAUAGCCAUUUCUGCUGAUAAAAUAAUGUUUUCUGAUUUGAGAAGUCUGCAACUCAGGGAAACUAUGGAAAUAAAGGGUACAAUUACCGAAUUCAAACACCCGGGAGAUUUCCAUGUGCAGUUGUAUUCUUCAGAAGUUUUAGAAUACAUGAACCAGCUCUCUGCAAGCUUGAAGGAAACAUAUGCAAAUAAGGCGCAUGAAGAUGAUUAUAUUCCUGUUAAGGGGGAAGUGUGUGUUGCCAAGUAUACAGUGGACCAGACUUGGAACAGAGUAGCAAUAAAAGAUGUGGAUAUGCUGCAGAAGAAGGCUCAAGUCUUAUAUAUUGAUUAUGGAAAUGAAGAAAAAAUUCCUGUGGACAGAAUUCACCAGCUAAACAGAAGCAUUGACUUAUUUCCUCCCUGUGCCAUAAGGUGCUGUGUAGCCAAUGUUAUCCCAGUGGAGGGAAAUUGGAGCAAUGAGUGUAUCAAAGCUACUAAAUCAAUGUUAAUGGAACAGUUCUGCUCUCUAAAGAUUGUUGACAUCUUAAAAGAGGAAGUAGUUACCUUUGCUGUGGAUGUUAGGCUGCAAAGUUCAGGAAAACUCUUGGACCACGUGCUUAUAGAAAUGGGAUAUGGCUUAACACCCAAGGGACAAGACUCUAAGAAACAAAGUACAGAUCAAAAGGACCCUGAUGAUGCUGGACCAGUGAUGUCAGAAAACAAAACUGUUGUUGACAGAAGUGACCUAAUCCCCAAAGUGUUGACUCUGAACGUGGGGGAUGAGUUUUGUGGUGUGGUUGCUCACAUUCAGACACCAGAUGACUUCUUCUGCCAGCAGCUACAGAGUGGACAUAAGCUCGCUGAACUUCAGGCAUCCCUUAGCGAGUACUGUGGCCAGGUAUCUCCACGCUCAGAUUUUUAUCCAACCAUUGGUGAUAUCUGCUGUGCUCAGUUCUCAGAGGAUGAUCAGUGGUACCGUGCCUCUGUUCUGGCUUAUGCCUCGGAAGAAUCAGUAUUGGUAGGUUAUGUCGAUUAUGGGAACUUUGAAAUCCUGAGUUUGACAAGAUUGUGCCCUAUAACUCCCAAGCUGUUGGAAUUGCCCAUGCAAGCUAUAAAGUGUAUGCUGGCAGGAGUAAAGCCGUCACUAGGUAUUUGGACUCCAGAAGCUACGUGUCUUAUGAAAAAUAUUGUACAGAAUAAAAUGAUCACAGUGAAGGUGGCAGACAAGUUGGAAAACAGUUCCCUGGUGGAGCUUGUGGACAUUUCCGUGACUCCAAAUGUCAGUGUGACCAAAGCCCUCAUUGAUGCAGGUUUCGCUGUGGCGGGCCAAGGGGCCAUGACUGAGAAACCUAGUAAUAGGAAAGAAGCCAGUGUUCCUUUGGGUGUAGAAGAAAAAGUAGAUCCAUUGGAGUGGGCCUGGAUUGAGCUUGUUGUUGAUCAAACAGUAGAUGUUAUGGUCUGUAUGAUAUAUAAUCCUGGAGAAUUUUAUUGCCAUGUCCUUAAAAAGGAUGAUUUAAAUAAACUCAGUGAGUUGAACAAAUCAUUAGCAGAAUAUUGUCAGCAGAAGUUACCUGGUGAUUCUAAGGCAGAAAUAGGACAACCUUGUUGUGCUUUUUUUGCAGGUGAUGGCAAUUGGUAUCGCGCAUUAGUCAAGGAGAUCUUACCAAACGGAAAUGUGAAAGUACAUUUUGUGGAUUACGGAAACACUGAAGAAGUUACCUCUGAUGAGCUACAUUCGAUAUCAUCAAAAUUUUUAAAACUUCCUUUUCAAGGGAUACAGUGCUGGCUAGCAGAUAUCCAGCCUAAAAACAAGCUCUGGUCCAAAGAAGCCAUUGCAAGGUUUCAGACGAGUGUUGCAGGGGUCAAACUCCAAGCUCGGGUAGUUGAAGUCAAUGAAAAUGGAAUGGGAAUUGAGCUCACAGAUCUUUCCACUGCUUAUCCCAGAAUAAUUAGUGAUAUUCUAAUUGAAGAACAUCUGGCCUUACAAACUAGUCCUCCGCAUAAAAGCUUACUGAAUAACCGACCUAUUAAUACACAAGAACUUCAAGUUGAUACUUCAAGGUCUCGAGCCAUCUCUUCAGCUGAUAAGUGGAGAACAGUCGAAUUGCCGGUUAAUAAAACUAUACAAGCAAGCAUACUAGAAAUCAUAAACCCGAACUUGUUUUAUGCUAUGCCAAAUGAGAUGCCAGAAGAUCAGGAAAAACUGUGUGUGCUAACAGCCGAAUUGUUAGAAUAUUGUAGUGCUCAAAAAAACCAGCUCAACUAUCGCCCAAGAGUUGGAGAUGCCUGCUGUGCCAGAUACACAAGUGAUGAUUUCUGGUACCGGGCCAUUGUGCUGGGGGCAUCUGAGGAAGACGUGAAAGUGCUCUAUGCCGACUAUGGGAACGUUGAGAUGCUCCCACUCUCCAGAGUGCAGCCCAUCUCUGCCAGCCACCUAAAGCUCCCUUUCCAGAUCAUCAAAUGCUCCCUUGAAGAGAACACGCAUAAGAUGAACUGCUGCUGCACAGAGUUACAGAAACAGAAGCAGUCUGUCUUGGAGAUAAGCUCUGACGUGAGAAAGGAAACAAUACAGUGGAAUACUAUACGGCUGUAA